AGCUCAGCGGCCUUCCUCCACUCUUUUCUCUAUUCGAAGUCCACCCGUGACAAGUGGUCCACUCUUAACAUCAUCUGAACGCAAAAUAAUCUUUAGCCAUGGCCAGGCCCAGAGUUUUCUUCGAUCUCACCGCCAACGGCAACCCACUUGGAAGAGUGAUCAUGGAGCUGAGAGCUGAUGUUGUCCCCAGAACAGCAGAGAACUUCAGGCAGCUGUGCACAGGACAGCCUGGCUAUGGCUAUAAAGGAUCCAUCUUCCAUCGUGUCAUCCCCAACUUCAUGUGUCAGGGUGGUGACUUCACAAACCACAAUGGAACUGGUGGCAAGUCCAUUUACGGCAACAAGUUUGAGGAUGAGAAUUUCACACUGAAACACACCAGCCCUGGUAUCCUGUCUAUGGCCAAUGCUGGCCCCAACACCAAUGGUUCCCAGUUCUUCAUCUGUACAGAAAUUACUUCAUGGCUGGACGGCAAGCACGUUGUCUUUGGACAGGUUGUGGAGGGCAUGGAUAUCAUCAAGAAAGUGGAGGGUUAUGGCUCCAGCAGUGGAAAAACAAGUGCCAAGAUUGUCAUUGCUGACUGUGGCCAGCUGUAAACACCUCAACCGCCAACCUUAACUCAACCCCUUGUCUAGUACCCUUGAGCUCUCCCUCUUCUGAAUCCUUGCCGCUUAUGGCAACAUUCCUCCAAAGUUUUAUAACCCCCACAUUCAUCCAUCCUUGUCUUAAGACGAGUUGUCAUUUUGCUGUUUUCAUUUGCUAAUGAGUUCUGUAGGCUCAUGUGUAUCAAAAUUUGAAAAUAAAGGGGAACAAUGAUGUUAAAUGUA